CCGGCCCCGGGGCUAAAGUUCCCCGCCGAGGCGGAGGGCGGCGAGAGAGCGGCGGCGGCGGGGCGCUGAAGGCCGGGCAGGGCAGCAGCAGAGGCAGCGCGGAGAGGCGGAAAGGAGCAAUGGCGGCCGCAGCAGCCGAGGGGAAGUACCUGUCGGUGGUGGUGCACAAGGCCGGCGACUUGCGCUUGGAAAACCGGCCGAUACCUGAACCAGGUCCCAAUGAGGUACUUUUGAAGAUGCAUUCUGUUGGAAUCUGUGGCUCUGAUGUUCACUAUUGGCAGCAUGGGCGGAUCGGUGAUUUUGUGGUGAAUAGCCCAAUGGUGUUGGGCCAUGAGGCAUCGGGAACCGUUGUCAAAGUGGGCUCUUCCGUAACCACACUGAAGAAAGGUGACCGAGUAGCCAUAGAACCCGGGGUUCCCCGAGAAACAGACGAGUUCUGCAAAACUGGGCGGUACAACCUGUCUCCAUCCAUCUUUUUCUGCGCGACUCCCCCCGAUGAUGGGAACCUGUGCCGCUAUUACACGCACAAUGCCAACUUUUGCUACAAGCUUCCGGAAAAUGUCACCUUUGAGGAGGGUGCUCUGAUUGAGCCUCUGUCCGUGGGAAUCCAUGCCUGCAGAAGAGCUGGGGUGACCCUUGGAAGCAAAGUCUUCAUUUGUGGUGCCGGACCGAUUGGACUGGUGACUUUGCUUAUCGCUAAAGUCAUGGGAGCUUCACAAGUGGCGAUCAGUGAUUUAUCUGCUUCCCGCCUGAAAACGGCUAAGGAACUCGGGGCCGACUUCACCGUCGACGUUAAGAACGAGAGCCCCCGAGAGCUGGCAGAGAGGGUGAAAAACAUGCUUGGUAGCAUGCCGGAGAUAACCAUGGAAUGCAGCGGGGCUGAACCCUCCAUUCAGGCGGCGAUAUAUGCAACCCGUUCUGGAGGGACGGUAGUUCUGGUGGGGAUGGGUCCGGAAAUGGUCACUUUGCCCGUGGUGAGUGCAGCCGCGCGGGAGGUGGACAUAAAAGGAAUAUUUCGAUACUGCAACACGUGGCCCAUGGCGAUCGCCAUGCUUGCCUCUAAGAAAGUGAAUGUCCAGCCACUGGUGACUCAUCGUUUUCCUUUGGAAAAGGCUCUGGAAGCUUUCGAGACCACCAGAAAGUGCAUCGGGAUAAAAGUCAUGCUGAAGUGUGACCCCAGCGACCAGAACCCUUGAACAAUCAGACCGGCUGCGCUCCGUUCCUUCUCUCCUCUUACGAGGACGAAGCACACCGAAGGCGAGACCUUGUUGUUUUAAGGGCUUUUUCCCACCUUAAAAUUGCAGAAAUGUGGAAAAUUAAAUAGGAGCUAAUCGUUCAAAAAUUUUCAAACGAUUUAAUCUUGAACAGAUGUUGAAAUCAGUAGAAGGUACUUAACAAUGACCGAAAUUGAGCAGAAAUACAUCAUACGUGAUGCAACUCUUGCUGGGCUGUACCAUUUCAGAUGGUGGGGGGCAGGGAGCAAUCUGUGUGAGCGUUCCCCGAAAUAACAAACACCCUGGCAUGUACCAAACAAAUACAUUAGGUGUUCAUGCAGUAUAAACUGGAUUAACAGCAGGGAGGCGGUUUCUUGAUGAACCACAUUGUUAGUUUUGUACAUCCAAGAUGGUAUGGUUUUUUUUUUAAAGUACUAAAAUAUGUAACCCCUCCCUGCAGUUUGAAAUCGUUCACCCAGGAACAGCUAUGCCUUGAACACACAUAAACACAUAAAGCUGCCUUAUACUGCAUCAGA